ACUUUGGAAAAAAAAUAAUGGGCUAUAAAUCUAGAUCGUCUGCCGUUUUUUCUGUCACUGUUCCUUUGGUAUGACAAAGUUUGAUAUAUAUUAUAUAUAUAUAAUACGAUAUUAACGAAUGCAUAUGUAAAUAAAAGCAAAUCUGGGUCAUCGUCUACCGCGUACUACGGUGCAUAUUAAACGUGACAUAUCAAAAUUCUAGGAAGUGAAAUUGAAAGUAAUUAACAUAUCUUUUUUUUAGCAGAUUUUCUUACCAGAUCAAUAGUGUUAACAUAUAUUGCAUUUACCAACUACAAUAAAAGCAUGUCAAAUUAAGAUAUGAGUGUCGAUAUGCAGAUAACAUACCUAUCAAUGUAAACAUCGAAAUUUCAUACAAAAAUAAUUUGGCAAGAAAUCUUAUGCAAGGUGGACUUAUGUGAAUUAAACAAUUACAUGUUGCGUAUAUUAUAAUUAAAAAUGCCGGAACUGACUAAGAACGUAGCUGACGUGGAGGAUAUAGAAGACGCUUGUUUGCAAUGUAAAAGCAGACGGGAAGGUGAAACUCUAGCUUUAAAUUCUGCACUGCGUAAAAUUGCAAUGCUUACUGCAGUUUGCAGUGUAUUAUGUGUGUUGACAAUUUCUGCAUGCGGGUGUUCGCUAUAUUUUUACACGCGUUUCCAAGGGUUUCAUCAGGACCUGGUAGCACUGGUCAGAAUGGAAGGCGAGGAAGCGGACAAUAUCUUGGGCGAUCAUUUUACUAUGGAACACAACGCAAUGCCUAUGUAUGGAGACCCGAUAGACAAUGAUGAUGAUUUCGAAAAUGAGAGUCCAAGUCGCUUAAGGCAUCGGCGAAGAAAGGAAAAGGGGAAAAAGAAACCAAGGCCAAAGAAAUGCAACAAGAAGAAAAUGAAAAUUUGCGAUUGUUGCAAGAAGAAGUUGAUAGAAUAUAUCGACGCAAAGAUUGAAUCCGGGAAUAAAAUUACUACAAAACAAGUAGCGCAAGCUUUACCAUCGCAAGCAUCCCCUACACAACAAGGUGGAAUAGCCGAACAGAAACAGCACACAUAUGUGUCUGCAGCUCAUUAUACCACAUACGUUGACGAAAAAUACAUCGAGGACAAAUUUGGGAAAUUGGAACACGAUACAUAUAACAACCCACCCAAUAAAGAAAGCAAGGAAGUCACAGAAAGCCAAGAGUCCGAGGAAGAGAUGCACCUAGACUUACCAGAAUGGCAGGGUACGUUGUAUAGAAAUAGAACAUUCGUCACAACCGCGGCACCUCUUACCUUACGAUUUUUCAAAGAAGCUGAUUGGAUGGAGAAUUCAACAGCAGUCAAAAUAUUUGACUUUGACAACAAAACAGGGAAAUUUAUUGCAAAACACACAGGACUAUAUCACAUUUAUGCGCACGCACAGUUCCGAAUAUCAAGAGAGCAGGGUAUAGCAAUGAUACAUAGAACACCGAGCGGUUUUGAAAUUCUCAACUUGUUCAGAUGCGGAACCAACGAAACUAUUGAUGGCAUGAAAGGAAUCGGUAAACCUUGCACACUGGGUGGAGUGGUACAAAUAAAAGAAAAUGAAUAUGUUGAGAUACAACUGCUUGAUGAAAUGAGUCUUUUAAGUUUAAAUCUAGAUCAUAUGUACUUUGGAGCAUUUUUAUUACAUCACGUGUGAUGCUUUUAGUUUAUUACACGCUUUGGGUACUGUACUGAUAAAAUAUGUAUUAAAUUAUUGAUACAAUGACAUUAUUACUGUAAAUCCGUAUUAUAUGUAUUCUGGAGCACACCUGUUACAUUAUUUGUUACAUUAUUUGCAAUGGAUCUUACACACUUAGGAUAUUGUUUUGAUGCUAUUUACGUGUAAUGGUUUGAUAAAUAAAUCUUUGUAAAUAUAUAUCAAGAUAAAUCAUCUGUUCUUUGCAGAACUUUUAACUGUAUUUAAUAAAGUAAAUGAAUAUGUUGUGAUAAAUGACUCUUUUAUGUGCGUAUCAAGAUCGGAUGUGUUUUUAAGUAUUUUGGACAGGAUUGUGAAUUGUGUACAACAAAACUUGUAAUUUUCAUGCAAACAUUGAUAAAAUUCGUACACUGAGUGGUGCUCUAAAAUAUGAUAUAAAUCAACUUGUGUAUCUUGGAAAACAAAUUUGAAAAUGAUACAAUAUUAAUACUUGCUUUGUUCUUACAUUCUGAUAUUCAUACAAUGUAUGUGUGUAUUCUUUUCCUUUAAAUGUAUUUCAGAUAUAGUUGAUAGAAGUCAAUUGCUAUCUUGUGAAUAAUUUUACAUGUAUGGUGUAUCUUUUAUCAAUGCAUUUAUUGUUUAUAUUUAUAUAUAUAGCUAUUAUUUACUCAAAAAGUAAUUUCCCUUGGUUUAAAGGACAACUUAAAAAUGAUUUUUUUUUGUAAUGUAAAAUUUACGGAAACUACAAAGUGUUCUCAUGUUGCGACAAUUUCCAGGCGAUUUCGUAUUAAUAAACUUGCACAAUCAUAGCAGUUUGAAUUCCCUACUAUUUUGAAUGAUCUCAGAAGUAAAGCAUAUAGGAUUUGUGAACUUACAGACGAACUCCGGCAAACAUGGAACUAAUUGUUGAUUAUUUCGUUAUGUUUGUUGUUAUAACCUGAAAUUAUUGUAUACAAGUGUAUGUUUCAUAUGCAAGAUGUUAAUUAUUUUCUUGUUUUUACAAAUGUUUGUUGAAUAAAACAGCCUUAAAAAUGC